GUCUAUGUGACUUCAUGUGCCACGUGACACGGAAAUAGCGGAUCAGCGGUUUGUUGCAAUCCGACUUUUUUCUUUUUAACCUAAACUUGUAAUUUAAAGAAAUAUAAAGACCUAGGACUUCUUGAUUAUUCCAGAAAUGACUUUAGUGGAAUGUUCAGAGAAUGUGGAUGAAAAAUUACUGCUGCUCAUGGAGCAGCUGCAGCUUCUGGAGGAGAAAAGAAACACUUUGAAUACACUCAUAGAACAGGGAUGGUUGUCCAUGUCCAAGGCAAGGUAUUCCAUGGGGAACAAACAAGUGUCGACACUGCAGUAUGCAAGUGAGAUGGAGCCAUUAGUACGCAUUCAUGUCAGAUCACAGGACAGUGGUGGUUCAGAGGUAGAGUUUAAUACAGUGAGAUUGGAGACUGGAAAAGAUGUAACAUCAGUGGAGGACAUUGGACCUCAGGAAGAAGGCGUUAGGAAGAGAACCAGACCUAAAGGAGAGACGGCAACUGAGAAGCAGGAAAGUGAUAAGCUCGGGAGAGAAAAAGUUCCAGAAAAGAAAAAUCAAGUAAUUCCUCAACAGGAUCCACUAAGGUGGUUUGGAAUUUUGGUCCCACAAUCUCUGAGACACGCGCAGAUGUCAUUCAAACAAGUGAUUGAACUCUCUGCUGAAAUUGCCAGCCUUCAGGUGUCUCUGCUGAACACCAAACGAGAAUUAAGAAACAGGCUGCAAGACAAACAGGCUGUGCAGAAGGAGACACAAGUUUCUGAUCGCUAAACGUCAGGUUACAUCAAUUAAUGGACAUGAAACGGGUCUUUGGACAAUGUUUGAUUUAAUUUCCCUUUUCUGUUAACAAUGUGUGUUUUUCAUUUUUGUCUAGAAUUGUGUGUGGUUGUUCCGUGGUUUAAUUAUGCCUUGGUUAUUCUGUAAUAAAAUUUUAAAUGUUAAAUAAAUGUUUCACAUUCUGA